AUGAAAAAUGCUUAUGAAGAUAUGAAGUCUAUCUUCAGUUGUCAUGGAGAGAUAGUUGAAAUGAUUGGUGAAAAUUCGCUCCCACCCACUCAUUCACCCAUGCACUUCAACCUCAGAAUGAUUUCCUAUCCAGAGUUCAUGGGAAUUAUGAACAAGGUACUGACUGUGAAUUCUCCUCCAGGUGCCCAGAUUAUUGAUUUGAUGAUGCUCGUAAUAGAUGUGACAAAAGGGAUGCAGACGCAGUCAGCAGAGUGCUUGGUAAUUGGGCAGAUUGCCUGCCAGAAGAUGGUGGUGGUUCUGAACAAAAUAGAUCUCCUUCCAGAGGGGAAGAGACAAAGUGCCAUUGAGAAGAUGACUAAGAAAAUGCAGAAGACCUUGGAAAAUACUAAGUUCUGUGGGUGUCCUAUUGUUGCUGUUGCAGCAAAGCCCGGUGGACCCGAAGCCCCAGAGUCUGAGAAUCCACUAGGUGUUUCUGAAUUAAUUGAGGUCCUGAAGUCUCAGGCUUACCUGCCAUCAAGAGACCCCUCGGGACACUUCCUUAUGGCAGUCGACCACUGCUUCUCUAUCAAGGGUCAAGGCACAGUGAUGACAGGGACUAUUCUUUCUGGCUCUGUUAGCCUUGGUGACAAUGUGGAGAUUCCUGCCCUGAAG